AGCCACGUUGACGAACUAGGUUGAAGUCUGCAUUACAUUCGUUCUGAAAAACACAGUAACUGUUUCAUCUUACGCAUUUUUAUAGAUUGCUUGUGAAAAUAUUUAGGUUAGCAAUGUCAUCGCCACCAAAAGAGAAAGCCGAAACCAAAGCUGGACAUCUCCCUGCUGUCAAAGCAGGGGGAAUGAGGAUAGUCCAGAAACAUCAAGGUGCAGGCGAACCAGCACAUGACAAGAAGGAAGAUAAGGACAGUAAGGAGUUUGAGAGUGCAAGCCCUCCAAAGCCAGUGGUGGUGGUCUCGGGAGUGGUCACUAAGGGGGACAAGGACUUUACCCCAGCUGCAGCCCAGGUGGCCCAUCAAAAACCCAUCCCGUCCGUGCAAAAACUGCCUCCUGCACAACACAUCAACCAACACAUCCAUCAGCCUCGCAAGUGAAACACUCGUCCGCACCAGCACCGCCCGCCAACCCCCAAACAACUACACCAUCAGCCGCACGGGCCAGGACCGCACCAAUCACCUGCAAGCUCUCAGGUCGCCGGAGAACCCCCACCCCUUGCUUUGAAGCAUUCCAUUCAGCCCACCGCCCCCGUUCUGCCUGUCUGUGCCUGGACGUGGCCUGCCUUGACCAAUAUCAUGAGAAACUGAUCACUCGCGCCCUUUCUUUUCUCACACGUUUCCCUCUCGUAGAUGAUUAACACCACAAAAUUUCAGGGCUCCAUCAGAAAACACAGAUCUGCCAAGUUAAUUAUGUCACUUUUAUUUAAUGAGAAGAAAGUUUGAUUAUUGUUUUUUGUAUCUCUCACGAUUUGUGGGUUGUUGUUUUUUUUUUUUU